UCUCUCUCUCUCUCUCUCUCUCUCUCAAUAGAAGUCCAUUGUUGCCAGAAAAAGUUGUGGGUGGAAUGCAUGGCUUCUGCAAAGAAAUGGGCAGGCAUCAUAUCGUACAUUGCUGGUCGCUUGUAUUUCUAUCUCAUUAUUUUCCAGAUUCCUCUCUUCAGCGUACCAUGUAAACGCGGAGUUUGCACCACACCGAUCCAAGUAACAGCAGGCCACCUUAUAGGUACUGCAAAAUGGCCUGCUGUUUUUGUGAAGGCUACUCUGUAUCCGGGAGCUAUUUUCGAAUCCCUCCUCUUUAAAACGGAAGUCCCAACCUUCAAUGGCCUGCUUCACGCCUACAAUAUGACCGCUCUUGAUGAUACAUUCGAUGUCCAACGCAUUGAGAUUCUAGUGGGAAGCAUUUUCUCUGUGUUUGGGGCAUUGACUUCUAUAAGGCCUGGAAGAACAAGCAUGCUGGGAUCAUCCCUCGUAACCUGGGGCAUUCUGAGAGAAACUCUGUAUGCAAUUUAUGCACGGAGAAGAUUAGAAGUCUUUACAUUCCCGACGUUGUUAGUCGCUACGUUGCUUGCCUUCCUCUCCAUUAAAUCCGACGUGCGAUAUCUGAUACGCAGUUUCCGACCCAGGCGCCAGAAAAAAGAGAAAAAGGCAUGAUUGUGUCGGAUGGAGUAUAUGUUCUGUUUAAUUUCCACCAUUCCAUUCUUACAUCCGGAUCGAUAAUUUUAUGAGGAUCUAAUAUAUGUGUAGAAAAAAAGAGCAUUAUUUGCAACUUGUUUGGCUUAAUUAAUUACUUAAACUCUUUUGUAUCUCAUGUUAUGUAAGGCUCCGGUAAAAUCAUUAUACAAAGCAACAACAUAUUCAAGGACUCCCUCCUCCGUCCCCAUUUAAUACUCUUUUUUUGAAGUUCAUGCUACUUUUCAAUUGUUCAUAGCCCGUAAUAUAUAAUGUUAUAUGUGAUUUUGAAAACAUUGUCUAAUAAAAAUUGAACUCUAUCAAAUAAGAUUCAUAUUGCAUAUAAAAUUCAUUACCGAUUUAAAAAUAUCUUUUUUUUUAUCUGGUUAGAAUAAUGGAACGAGGAACCGUUUAACGGAAACGAAGGAAGUAACAAACAAAUGAAAACAAACUUACUUGUCCGCACUCUAAUCUAACGGGGCAGAAAUUUGUGAAUCAAACAACAUACUAGAGUGUGGUCGGAACUCACAUGGAUUAUUCUCCUUUCCCUCAUUAUCCGGGUAUCAAACAUGCCAUUAUGAGUUUGAACCAAAAUCCGAGUUUGUCCUUAUUGAUGGAAGUGUGUUUUAGGUGACCCUGUUCAUGGUAGUGUAUAUUUGGGAUAAGAAAAUCUACACUCACCGCUCCUCUCCCUCUCCUCCCUGUUCUCAAUCUCACCGUCCAAAAGUAUUUUGAAUGAUUCAAAUAAGAGGUUUUUUUUUAAAUUCGGACCAUUGAUUGUUGAGACGGACAGUGAAAUGUUGAGAAGUGAAACAGAGCGGUGGGCGUAGCACGUUGAUUUGGGAUAGCCAUGAACUCCCAAUAAACUCCAAAUCUUGCCACCCUAUUUAUCGCCUCAAACAUUUACCUACCACAAUACAAGCUACAACCAAAACCAUCCUCUUCUACAAAACCUUCACCUCACUAACAAUGGCUUCUACUCUCCAUCACUAUCUCCUCAUCUUCUUCUCCCUCAUCUCCCUAUCCAAGUCGCAAACCCGUUUCAAGCCCGACGCCCUAGUUUUACCCGUCCAGAAAGACCCGGCCACGGGCCUUCACGUGACCCAAAUCAUCAGUCGAACCCCAGUCACUUUGGUCCCCUCACUCGUCGAUCUAAACGGCCUAUUCCUAUGGGUCAACUGCGAGCAACACUACUUAUCAUCCACUUAUAAAGCCCCCUUUUGUGGCUCGACCCAAUGCACCCGGGCCACGACCCACUACUGCAACAAAUGCCCCGGCCCACCCCGGCCCGGAUGCCACAACAACACGUGCGGAGUCGUCGCUUUGAACCCUGUUACCCACCGUACCGCCAUUGCUGAGCUAGCCCAAGACGUCCUCUGGAUCCAAUCAACUCGGGCCCAACGGUCGCGGUCCAACAAUUCCUAUUUGCUUGUGCUCCUCCCUCCUUGUUGCAAGGGCCUUUACCACUAAAUGUCCAAGGAAUAGCUGGAUUUGGGCACAUCCCGAUUUCUCUACCGACUCAACUCGCAGCGGACUUCGGGCUUAGCCCGAAGUUCGCGCUGUGCCUCGCUUCCUCUCCCGUUUCCGUUGGCGUUAUUUUCUUCGGAAACGGGCCGUACAAAAUGCUUCCGAACGUCGAUAUAUCGGCCCGGGCGUCCUAUACUCCCAUGACGGUUAGCCCACAAGGAGAGUACUUUAUACAAGUGAGCUCAAUAAAAAUAAACGAAAAAACACUUCAAACCAAACAAGGCAUCGUAGGUACAACAAUGUUAAGCACAACUACGCCGUACACGUCCCUUGAGCACUCCAUUUUCCCCGCAUUCACCCAAUUCUUCGCCAACCAACUCUCCGCGGUGCCUCAGGUGAGGCCGGCGGUGCAGCCGUUCCCGGUUUGUUUCGACUCCACGAAGCUGUCUAGGACGCGGGUGGGGCUCGGUGUUCCCGCGAUUGAGUUCGUCAUGCGCGACGGGAAGGUGGCGUGGAGCGUUUACGGUGCGAACUCGAUGGUGCAGGCCAGGCCCGGAGUGGCGUGUUUGGCGUUUGUGGAUGGUGGGGUGAGCCCGAAGGCUUCGAUCGUGGUCGGGGCGUAUCAAUUGGAGGAUAAUUUGGUUGAGUUUGAUUUGGGGAGGUCGAUGUUGGGGUUUAGCUCUUCGCUGUUGUUUAGACAAACUAGUUGUGGAAACUUCAACUUCACGGCCAUACCAUGAGAGAGAGAGAAGGUUUGUAGUUUUAAAAAAAGGCCAUGAGAGAGAGAGAAGGUUUGUAGUUUUAAAAAAAAGUUUCGACACAACAGUUAUUUGUUCAUUCUCUCACAUGAUGUUGGCCCACUGUUAUGUGUGGAUCUCAUCACAUGUGAAAGAGGUGUUACAAAUAACAGUUCCAUUCAAAGUUUUUAGGUUUUGUUUGUUGUAAAUGUACGUAGUGUCUAUAAUAAUGCCAAUAAAAUGGGAGUAUUUGUUUGCUUGUGAUUGCAUUGUUUCCGCCUCAAACAGGGUUUUAAAUCUUGGUAUCUGGAAUUAUAACAGUAUCGAAGUUUCAUUUAAAUUCGGACUGUCCAAAGCCGAAACGAACGGUCGAGAUCGUGCGGAGCCAGGAAUAACUUCCGCACGGCUCCACCGUUAAUAAGUUUCUAAGUUGAUAUGGUUUUGCUAGAUACAUACGCAAUGAUCAUAUUGGUAUUAAACUCGGUGGUUUUGUGUUCAAAACUUAGCGUUUAUUAUGAGAUAAAGACUCAGGUGCUUCUCUUAGCUUUUUUGGGAGCUUAUUGAUUUUGGUCUUUAUUAAAAAAAAAAAGAAAAAAAAGAAUCCAAUGUGUUUCUCUCAGCCCGGCGAAACAGAAUUAGCCCCAAUAAAUUUGGGAAAUUUCAAAUAGUAGCACAUCAGAUAAAUGCUGUAGUUUUCAAUGCCAGUUAAAACUAGCACAAUCUGUCUGCCUCAAGAACAGUGAAGAAGUGAACCCUAACCUUGAUGAAACCGAAUCAAAUUGUAACAGAUUAUCCUCCAACUGGUGCCCUCCAAUGAUGAUAGAAGCCCCUGGAUUCGGACCUCCGUCCAAAAAGCCUAGGCAAGUUGUGUCGUUCCCCACCGGCACCAUUGAGUUACUCUCGAAAAUCCUCCAGAACACUUUCUCGUGUUGCAAAACAAGGUCUAAAACCGGCAUGGCCGGCCUCAUUAGACCUCCGUUUUCGCUCCGCGUGCUAAAACAAACGUCAAAUGGCGGUACCGGUGCAACUCUAGUAGCAUUCGCGGCCUCGAUAAAACCCCGAGCCAGAUGUUUGUAUACAGAGGAUUCUAAAAUACCGUAAGGGUGAACCGUGCUAAUCAUCGUCAGCAAAGUUGAAUUCAAGGGUAAAUUCUUUCCAUCUACCCUUACGGAUUUAACUUUGAUAAAGUACUCAAAUGAAUAAGUACUACUUUUGUGGAUAAGGGGAGUGAAAAUAAGUAACUUGGAAACAUCAAUACCAGGAGAAAAAGCAUAAGGCCCAUCGCCGAAAAACAAAACGCCGGUGGCGGCGUCAGCAGAGGGAGAAAGACACAGGGCGAAUUUCCGGCUGAAGUUAAACGCGUGGGCCAGCUGAGCCGGCAACCCCAGCCGGUCGUGGCCAAGGCCGGCUACCCCUUUCGCCCCGGUAGCUAGACCGAGCGAUAGCGAUUCCUGUGCAAGGCACAAGAAGGGAAAUCGCGGGACCGAGACGAUGGAAGUAGCGUACAACCCAUUGGUUGAUUGGACAGAGAGAAUGUCCUCACUCAGCUCACCAGCUGAUACCUUCUGGGUGAACUUGUUUUUGGAAAGGAGAAUGCAGGUUUUGUUUUUGUGGCAGUUUUUGUUGGAAUGGGGUAGUAGGGAGCAAUGGGGAGAGUGGCAUUGGACUGGUUUGGAUGUGGAAGAGCUGUGAUGAGUUGAGCCACAGGAGAGCCACAGAAAGGGGCCACUCAGGUCAAUGACAAGAGUGAGGGGUGAGGGAGGGGUGCUUUGGGUGAGUGUGGUGGUGUAUUGGAGGGCUGAGGGGUGCUUUGAGAUUGGAAGGACAAGCGCAGUUGGUGUUGGGGUGGGGUGGUGGGAGAAGGUGUGAGAGAUUAGAGAGAGGAGGAAGAGAGAGAAAAUAAGGGUUUCAGAGGAAGCCAUGGAAGGAAAUUGAAGAACU